AUGAGCGCAUACGGUCACGCCGCUGGUUUACCAAUCGAAUGUUUGAGUAUUGCAGUUGAAUUGCGCAAGGAACAAUUUGUCGAUGGAAAUGGACAGCAGGUAUUACGUGUAGGCUUUAAAAUCGGUGGUGGCAUUGAUCAGGAUCCAAGCCGAGCACAUUAUCCAUAUCCAGACAGCGUA